AAAAAGCAAAACCUCCCGCCUCCACUCCGCCGAACUGCCACCUCCGCCGUGUCUUCCGCCACCAAUUUCAAGAACUUAUUGGAAACACUUAUUCCUUAUAUCAACCUCUUUUAAUCAGUCAAUCAACUAUAGUUCAAUUCCGAACUGGUCGGAAUGGCUGCUGCCAAUGGCUCAAGUGACUUGUCUUCAGAGAUGGAGGUGGAUGCAUUUAGACGUCUUUUUCCUUUGCGCUAUCAUGAACAUCAUCUUCUUAAAUCUGUCCGACCUGAUGCCCGAAAGCUUGGAAGUGCUAGAGAUACAACACUUGCACUUGGUGCUGUUGCAUCUGCCGAUGGAUCCGCACUGGCGAAGAUUGGCUCCACUACGAUGCUGGCUGCCAUCAAAAUGGAAGUCAUGAAACCAACAGUGGAAUGUCCAGAUGAGGGAUCCAUAGCUAUCGAAUUCCACAUGCCUCCUAUUUGUUCUCCCCUGGUUCGGCCUGGUAGGCCUGUGGAAGCAGCAUCUGUAAUUUCAAAGCAGCUGUCAGACACUAUCUUGAGUUCUGGCAUGAUUGACUUAAAAGAGUUGUGCUUGGUUGGAGGAAAAGCUGCUUGGAUGGCCUACCUGGACAUAUACUGUUUGGAUGCUGACGGUGCCCUGUUUGACACUGCAUUACUAUCUGCAGUUGCUGCCUUUUUGCAUUUGAACAUUCCAGUGGUUUCUUUGAAUGAUGAUGGGCAAAUAGUCCUUGUUUCUGAGGACACUGUCCGAUUGAAAUUGGAGAAGCCUGUGAAUACAGAGAAAAGAAAACUCAAAUUGAACGCUCUACCAUUCUCCUUAACAUGCAUACUUCACAAGAACUAUAUCCUCGCAGAUCCUACAGCAGAGGAAGAAUCUAUAAUGGAAACAAUUGUAACCGUGGUAUUGGAUUCGUCUUACCAGCUUGUUUCCCUUAAUAAACCAGGUGGACCAGUUCUUUCCCAUACAUCAGUUAUCCAGGAUUGCAUUGCACUGGCAAGACGCAGAGUGAAGGAGCUUCAGAGUGUCUUGAAUGAAGCUAUUUCUGAUAUGGAGGUAGACUGAAGGAGAUUUCCCUUGCACCCCAUAGCAUUCAACAGGCAGCUAAUUUUGUCUUUAGGAUUACCUGAACUUACUGAAAAAUGCAUAUGGCUGCAAGUUCAAUUUUGGUUAGCCAUUUCUCAGUGGGAAAUGCAUACCAUUUCUAUAACAUGAUAGCUUCUUUUAAAAAAAAAUCAGGUUGGCCUCAAGCGCAUCUUGCUAUUCUGUUGUCGUUUUCUUGUCUAUCUUGUCUAUCUUGUCUUUAUUACACUUCUUUUGAGCUGAGCGCCUAUCAGCAACAACCUCACCCUUUCCAGAUCCCACUUAUGGAAUUAUUUGGGAUGUGUUGUUAUUGUAGGUUAGCCUCAAGUGUGAUGACUAUACUAUUCAUUCCUGCUGAGCACCAUACUGAAUGUUUUUUUUCAAAGUU